GCUGUAAAAAGUCCACUCAACAAAUAUACAUAUACCACAUAUUUAUUUUAUAUAUUUUAAUUUAAUACGAGCAUUCCGAUAUGUAGAUACGGAUCCAUAUCUUGGACUCUUGUUCAUAUUUAUUCCAAAUCCGGUUAACACACGUUAAUUGAGGAAACGGCUUUCGCGGAUUGUGCUCCACCUCACCACCCUCCACUUCUUGUCAUUUUCUCGGAAUCCAAUCACAUCCCAAUUAUCGAUUGCUCCGAUUGGGUUGAUUAGUAAGGCUUUUGGGGCUCAAAUUCUCAAAUGGGUAUUGCUGUUCUUGGAUAGAGCAAUCCAAGGCACCAGAAGGUUAAACAAGUGAAGAGCUUAUCACUGUGUGAUUCAGAGCAUAGAAAUAUUGGCAUUUUUGAAGCUAAAACAUGAUUCCUGGAGUUAGCAUUCGUCAGGAUGCAAUUGAGUCUCACACUGCGUAUGCUGAUUAUGGUGUAGUACCUUCAAGUUUAGAAAGUUCCCCUUUUAGGAGAUCUUCUGCUGUUGUUGGUAAGAAGCCUGGAAUGGUGUCAAACAGUGCUGUGCAUGACCUACUUGAGUGCCCUGUUUGCAUGAAUAUAAUGUACUCUUCCAUUCAUCAGUGUCCAAAUGGUCACACUCUUUGUUCAAACUGUAAGGCCAAAGUACACGACUGUUGCCCAAUUUGCCGCCAAAAUCUUGGAAACAUUAGGUGCUUAGCUUUGGAGAAGGUUGCAGAAUCAUUAGAACUGCCAUGCAGAAACCAUAUUUUUGGUUGUCAAGACAUAUUACCAGUUCACAGGAGGCUCAGGCAUGAGCAGAAUUGCAGGUUUCGCCCGUAUAAUUGUCCAUAUGCUGGGGCUGAGUGCUCUGUCACUGGUGAUAUCCACUUCCUCGUUGCACAUCUCAAAGAUCAUCACAAGGUUGACACGCAUGAUGGGUGUAGUUUCAACCACCGAUAUGUCCAAUCCAACCCCCAAGAUGUUGAAAAUGCUACAUGGAUGUUGACUGUAUUCACCUGUUUCAGCCACCAGUUCUGCUUGCACUUUGAGGCUUUCCAUCUAGGAGUGGCGCCUGUUUACAUGGCCUUCCUACGGUUUAUGGGUGAUGAUUAUGAAGCGAAAAAAUUCAGUUACAGUUUAGAAGUUGGUGGAAAUGGCAGAAAGUUAACAUGGCAAGGAGUUCCAAGGAGCAUUCGUGAUAGUCAUAAGACAGUACGAGACAGUCUAGAUGGACUGAUUAUUCAGAAAAACAUGGCACUAUUCUUUUCUGGUGGUGAUAGACAGGAGCUGAAGCUCAAUGUGGCUGGCCGUAUAUGGAAAGAAUAGUUGUAAGCCGGCAAUCUGAUAAGGAUCUCAUGAAUUGGUCUCUAGAGAUGGGGAUUUUCAGUGAAGUUCUCUUCAAAUUUCGGGGAAUCAAGCAAUUAAGCAUGUUAAUAGGCCGAGAAAAACACCCAGGAAGUUGUGGUUCAAGUUGCUUAAUGCAACAGCAUCAGGUUUGAUUUGUGUGCGAAUGGUGACUUUGGGUUUCCACAUUUUUUAGCUGUGUGAGAUGCCCAGGCGUAUCACUCACCCAGUGUGAAUUGUUCCUGUCUCGGUGCCAAAAAGUGUGGGCAGCAAGCGCUGCUUUGUAAUAAGGACUUGAAUUUUCUCCAUGGUUUGUUUAUUGUGUUUUCAAAGUGGGCUUUGGAGGCAGAAUUACACUGAAGCUCUCUUUGUUUGGAUGUAAAAUAUUUUUUAGAAAAUAUAUUUAAGGGUGUGUGUUUGGCUCUUAA